AUGACACCAGCGUUAAAAUUCGAAAUGGACGAGUGGCAGAAAUUAUGGACCAGUUGUGAGCGUGAAUUAUGCGAAUGGAACGUGCUGUUAACGUACGGCAGUUCGAAUGCUGUACAAGAUCUUGGCUGUGUUGCUGAUGCAGCAUGGCAUCUUCCGCAGUGGUCACUGCUGCGCGACUGUGUUUCACAGCUGGAGGGUUGCAUACCACCGGACCUGUACUACAAGCAUACCCUCUACAAAGCUAUGCUUUUGAAUCACGAUCCCAUCCAAGAAGAAUUAAGCACAGAUUUGCCGCUUACUCGAAUAACUCGUGAAUUAGAUAACGCAAAAGAGGAUCUGAUCAGGGAGUGGAAACGUCUGCCGGAUAUUGUUUCACAAAGCCACGUCAGCAUAUUACAGGCAGCAAGUCAAGUCCAGGAAAUAUACGAAGGAAGCACGCUUGCCAAUCAUGGCCAUAUAACGAUUCAAACAAAUCCUCAUGUCCAGGUGUCGUUGCAGUCAAAUCCAGUUGGAGAUGCUAAACAAGUGGUCAAAGCCUGGAGGAAUCGGUCAUGUGCUUUAUCAGAUGCUUUCUCGUUUUGGACGGAUAUUCAUCACUGGCGCAUUCUUCAUUAUGGUUUUUCCUCCAAAGUUCUUCAGCGUUUCGACCCAGUUAGUUCCUUUUUUUUUCGAUGUUUCUUUUUUUGUUUGGAAAUGUAUAUGUGGGGAAAUGAAUCAAAUACAGAACCAAACGUGUUUCAGUCAUCGCAGAAUCAUACCCUUCUACCACUGCAUUCGGCAGCUCAUUCGCAGCUCCAAAUUGCACGUGCUGCACGAAAAGCUGGCCUCCUGAAUGUUGCUAACGAUACUUUGAGCAGGUUAUUUUUUCUCAAACCCUUGGUUUCCCUCAAAGUUUUUGACUCACCUGACUGUUAUAAUAAUAAAUUAAAAUAA